AUGCGGCAAGCCUGGAACUUUCCAACGAAUGCUGAGCUGCAGAAACCCUACGAUAACGACCAGGAGGCAAUCGCAACUCCGGCUUCGACCUGGCACACUAUCGUGUAUGGAAAUUCGGCUUUCAAUAACCAGCGAACACAAGUUAGGCUCCUGUACAUCGGCGGAGAAGGAGAUGAACUCGUGUGCACGUUGAAAGUCACUGACCUCAGCAAGCUCGGCAACGCCACACCUUUCGUCGCCCUAUCGUACACCUGGGGAACGGGCAGCAAAUCCCUCAUCGUGAACGAUCAUGCGGUUGUCGUCACGGAAAAUCUUUUCCAUGCACUUCUUUCGCUUCGACAGAAGCACAAAACAGUGUGGGCCGACGCCCUCUGCAUUAAUCAAUCGAAUAUUGAGGAGAAAUCACAGCAGGUGGCGCAUAUGCACACCAUCUACAGCACUGCUCGCGAAGUGAUAGUUUGGCUCGGUCCUUCAGAUCCUUACAGCGAUGCAGUCAUGGCGGAAAUGAACGCAAUUGACGCUUAUCGAAUGGACAAUGGUGCUACUGAUUCCUGUCUAUUCGAUCUGCUAUCAAGUUGGGCAAUUAAUGAUAAAAAUGCUGGUUUCGUACUGAAAGGAGUCCACCGACUUGUGAAAAACGCUGAGCAAAAGCUACCUUUUGCGCAACUCUGGAAGAAGCUGGUACCGCAAGCGAUGGAGACCAGACUGGACACUCUAUCUCAAAACCUCAACACCAAGGCUCACCAACUUCUGGUCGCUAAGAAGCACGUGGUCGAGCGCCCAUACUGGCGCCGCGCUUGGAUCAUUCAAGAGUUGACAGUGGCUCGCGAGCUGCAGAUUCUCAAGGAUCUGAAGCGACUUACGGAUGAUGGUGCGGAAGUCGGUUGGUCUCUGUACCACACCCAGGUUCUCAGGCUGGACUCCCUUAAGUCGCGCUGGAAGCCUGGUGAGCCUAUCCACCUGCUCGAAGCCCUCAGAGCCUGUUACUACACACGCUGUGGCAAUAUCCUAGACGGAGUCUAUUCCUUGACCGGAAUAUGCUUCAAUCGCCGGCGAUUCGUACCCCACAUCGACUACGAAACCAAAGUCGAGAAUCUCCUGCAGAGCAUGACUACCCACCACAUUAGAUCGUCUGGAUCGCUGGAUGUCAUCUGUAUGCAAAUGAAGAAUGAUAACCCCGUAUUCAGCUUACCGUCCUGGGCGCCAGACUGGCGCAUCAUAGGGGGAAAUCCCUUCAACCACCGAAUGAUAUCCUACUUGACCGGUCAGGACCGACGGCAGAAACCACACAAGCAGGACCGCCGCUGGAAAGCAUCUGGCUCGUCCACAUGGACCUACGCCGACAUGGACACCUCGGGAAGACUGCUCCGCGUGCGCCGCCGUGUGGUUGGCAAAAUCAUCUGGCUCGAAGGCAAACUCCCACCAGGCAAGCAGUCCCUCUGGUCAAGAUUGGACAAACGUCUCACGGCGGAAAUUCAACACAACGACGUCACAUCCACCGUGUUCGACACCAUGAUGAAUUACAAGGAGCGGGACCCGGUGGACGACAGCAUGAACGAGUGGAAACACGUCUUCGAAGAGAAGGCGCUCCAACGCAUCGGCAACCGGAGCCCCAUGGCGCGUCUACGUCUUCCGAAGCUGCGCGACGCCCGGUUUCGCGGACAAACUCUCCAGCACUGGUCAAAUGGCGACCGGGCAUUCACCGACUGGACAUCCAUGGUCGAAGCCGAGGGACCGAGCGACUUUUCCGCGCCGAAGGGGAGGAAGUCGCUCGACUACCUCAAGCGAGGCGCGGACCGCAUGAUCCGCAACGAUGGCACGGGACGCAUCCUACCGAAGCAAGCACGCAGUCGGAGACUGGAGGCGGCAAUCCUCCAGGCCCUGGCCGACGAGAUGCCGUUGAUGCAGGUCGCCGUCCAACAAGCCGCCGUCCGCCGUACCAGAGACCUUGGCGAACCGAUACCACCACGGUUCUUGCUCGGUUGGGCGCACCCGCGGGCCGAAGUGGAGGACGAGAUCUGCCUGUUGGAAGGAUGCACGCUUCCCGUGACACUGCGAAGAAGCGUGCUCCUUUCCGAGGAUGGAGUGACCGUCCACGAGCCCAUCUUGCACGAGCCCAUCUUCAGGGUCGUGGGAGACGCUCACGUCACUGGAAUCAUGUCUGGGGAAAUGUGGCCGUCGGCGAUGGAGCACAAGACAAAGCCCCUGCAGGAUAUCUGGUUGGCCUGA